CGAGCACGGCAGGCAGCACGAAAGAACUGUAAGGACAAGGACAAGGACAAGGACAGUGACAGGGACAGCCCCCACCCCACAGCCUCGAGGCAGUGAUUGGUGACAUCAGCAUAGAGGCAGUGGCAGUGGCAGUGCUGCAGCAGCCAGUCACAGUCACAGGCACAGGUACCUACAGGUACAGCUACAGCUAUAAAUACCGAUACAGUAAUCCGCAGAAGAGCAGCACUCCGCAAAGUAAAUGGUUGAUAUACAGUGGCUGUACAUUUACACACGCAUCGCCAGCACCACCACGUAUGUAUGUGCAAUACCUACGUACGCAGCUCGCGAGGCAGUGCGCGCAAGCCGCGAGCCCCAAGACGCAAGCAGCACAGCCCACACAGCCUGCACCGCAGUAAUCUCUACCACACACACACACACACACACACACACACACACACACAUAUACACACAUAUGCACACACGACAAAGACUCGCCGUCGCGAGGCAGGCUCGCCAGCUCGGCCUGUACCAAGCACUAAUUUGCGCGUAUCGCGUAUUUGCACUGCAUACAGCGUAUUCGUAUCCAAGCAGUCCGCGCUACCUAACCUUAUCCUAUUGGUGCCGUCGCGAGCGACAGCGACAGUGCCAGCAGUGCGGACCUUCAUGCUGCUGCUGCGCGCGCGCGCGUGCUGGGCUUGGGGCACGCCGUUGCUCGUGCUGGGGACUUAUCAUUUAUCUACCUAGCCUUACCGCAUUUCCUUGACGCGUGGAGCAGCUGCCUGUUUUGGGACGAGAUGAGAGGAGAGGAGAGGCAUAUUUCGUACUCGUACUCCUACUAUGUACGUGGUAGUGGCUGCGGACCUUGGUCGGAGCGCGCAUCCCACAUGGCAAGGCAGCGGCAGUGAAAUGUGACGUUCGUCGGCCGCGACACAGCAGGUAGGUGUGGAGUGGUG